UUCAUAACACAGAGAUAAUCACUGUAUUCAGGGAAAUAAUCUAGCUGGGCAGCAAUGACCUUCAUUUCUCUCCAUCAUUCCUUUCCUUUCCUUGUGUUUAGGUCUAGUUCAUUACGCAGUGCUGUGCCAACCCUUCAAGCAAAAAGUUGCUCCAAACACACCAGGGAACAUACUGCUGUUUGGUAGAUGAUCAUUCUCUAGAGGCUCGGCAACCACACAGCAUCAAUGAAAAAUUCAAAAUUGUCCAGCAAGUAUACUGAAGCAACAUAGGUCGAACACAAAUUGAGGUAAGUUCUCCCCUGCAGCAAUUUUUUAAUGCGCUCAAAGCUCAUGAGCGGUAGGCAUAAGAAUGGCAACUGAGGUAUCGAGCAGACUUUUUAUCAUUUCCUGGGAGCGCUGAAGAGAACACACAGCUUUAGCAAUUUUUCUUUUCCAUUAGGCCUGCCUCAGACGAGUAUGUCGUAUUCCGCUUCCAAGACAUGGGUAUCACCUCAGACCAAGGAGCUGGAGACAUGGACAAAGAUCCGCGACUCCAUCAUGCGCAUAUCCCCUCGCUCUCCGUUCAUUCCCAAAACAUUUGCCGACUGGCUGGAGCACCGAGUCGCGAUAAAGGAGGACCAACUUCGAAAAGUCGCAAGGAAAAUUGCAAGAAUAAGUGGAAGAGAUGAUCGCCAGGAGAUAACGAUACAUCCAGUUUUGGGGGUAAAAGAGAUCGAGGACCGCCGGGCUUUGGUUCUAGCUCGCGAAACUAUAUGGAGACAAUCCUUGGAGUCCUUCCCGGGCCGUCGCUUGGCACCAUGGCCUUCAUACGAAGAAUACAAACACGAAGGGGACGACCGUAGCAAAUCAGGGUAUAGACGAUUUCUUCCGUUGCCAAGAGACCCUGGCAACGUUACCGUAAAUUGGAAGCAGCGAAAGCCGUUACCACAAUAUCUUUUCGAUGAAGUGGGACGGCGAACAACAGUGGACAACGAGGAAGACAAAGAACCGGGCCUGGAUGAACUGCUUGCUAUGGAAUUCGUCGGUGCUUCACUCAUAUUGCUGCUUGACUCAUAGCAGUUUCUUCUCCUUAUUUUGGAAAGCGAAGCCAAAUCGAGGGCGUUUGAGCGAUUUUAAAGUUCAAGACAGGUCGAACAAGGCUGAUGAGUAGGCGGGGCAUGAGGACGUGAUAGAGUUAAUCACUUAAUUUAUUGUUCCAGGGAUGGCCAGAGACCAUCUUCUGGGGCGCGGGUUGCCUUUGGGAAUGCCUCCGUCUAUACGGAGUCGAUGUGAUCGAAACACGGGGAACAGAUCCAGGUGGACGUUGAAGUAUCCCCGCCCACAAGAAUACCUGGAGCUUUAUU